UGCCUGAGAACGGCGAGAAACGGGACCGGGUGGAUUCCUCGAGACCCCAGAGCCCGGCUGGGAGCGUCGCCUCACGACGCUGCUGGCGCUCAUCGCCUUCCCCAAGCGGCUUUCUGCAGCGCUGGGGCGGCGCAGGAGAUCCUUGUGGCGGGCUCGUUCUUCCCCAGCAGGACCUUAGGCUGAGGGAAAGGGCAGCGUCUGCAAUCCCUGACAGCCUCCGUAGGGUGUUCCCUGCUUGUGGCAGGCUAAUGAAUGCUAAGGGCAGCGCAGCGCUGCUCUCUAAUGGGGAGCAUCCUCCCGAGGGCGCAGAGCCGACCCCGGCCGUGGGGACUCGCUUCGAUCCUCCGCGCCGCUAGGGGGCGCUCAGCGCUUCCAUCCCUCAGCCUGGGGCGGCGCUGCGCCUGCGCGCGGUUCGAACGUGUUGGCGGCCGUGGCGGUGAGCGCGGCUUCGUUCCUCAGCGCCGGUUCGUUCUUGUCUCUCGCAGUUCGGUGCCGCCGUCAUCCCUUGUUCUCUAUUGAAAAGAUGUCCGGAGACGGAGAACCGUCCCUGAAUAAGCGGAAAGGGGGAAGAAUCGUGAAGUCCCGCUACCUGCAGUACGAUAAGAAAGAUUCCAGUAAGAAUGCUGCAUCAAAAUCCCUUUUGCCAGCGACUUCCACAGCAGCAGAAUCAUCCACAGCAGCAGAAUCAUCCACAGCAGCAAAAUCAUCCACAGCUGCAAAAUCUUCCACAGCAGCAAAAUCUUCCACAGCAGCAAAAUCAUCCACAGCAGCAAAAUCAUCCACAGCAGCAAAAUCAUCCACGGCAGCAAAAUCAUCCACAGCAGCAGAAUCAUCCACAGCAGCAAAAUCAUCCACAGCUGCAAAAUCAUCCACAGCAGCAAAAUCUUCCACAGCAGCAAAAUCUUCCACAGCAGCAUCUUCCACAGCUAAAGCAGGCUCAGUCCUUUCUCAGGAGCCUGAAGCUGCAGGUGCUGCCUUUGGCUUGUUAAAUCAGAGUAAUUUUGAGAAAGGUGACUUACAGUCCACUUUAUUAGAAGGAGAUAAAAUUACUCGACCGGAUCUCGAUCUUUCAGCUAUUGAUGAUAAAGCUGUCCGCCAGAAAACUAAAAGGCCAGAGGCUUCUCGCAAAGCAGAUAAAGGGGCAAAAGCGAAAAAGAAGACAUCGAAAUACAAUCCCAGUUCUGUAGAGGAGCUGGAAUCUCUGGAGCUGCUGUUAAAUUACCUAAUUGCAGAGCAAAGAAAGCAGGUUGCUGAGCUUGAGGAAAAGGCAGAAGCAAACUUGUUAAUGUUGUGUGAAGAAAAGGAGAGACAACAGGAGAAGAUCUUUAAGUUGAAGCGUGAAAUUCUGCUCAAAGAGAGAGAAGCAAAACUUGAUGAGGAGCUUGAAAGACAGAUGGAGGUACUUUCUCCUCUCGUUCCUCUUCUUGAACAGUUUAAAGAGCAGUAUAAAAGCUUUGCAGUUGCUCUGGAUGCCACUAGACAUAAAUUGCCUAUAAAGAACAUUCACAUAGAGGGAGAUAUGCCAACAUACCUAGAGAAACUGCAAAAGGAGUUGACUGUCACACAGGAACUUCUGGCAGAAGUUAUGCCAGACUCCUCAGAAGAAAGUGCAAAAGCAUUCAGUGAACUGCAAGGUACUGAAGGGGCGUUCCAAAAACUGGAGAAAGAGCUUCAAAGGAGCCUCACACAAAUGCAGGACCUGUCAUGUGAAGCUAGUAAAGAAGUUUCACUACAUAAUCAAAGAAUAUGUGAAGAGCGUCGUGGAGAAGAUGUUGUGAAACGCUGGUACUUCAACUGAGUGUCUGUGAUUCCUGUGUGGUUUAUUUUUGUUUGUUACUGAUGGGUGGGUACUAAAUCUAUGUCAGUAGACUUGUUCUUGUUGUUGAAACUUCAGUUUCUUAUGAACUCGAGCACGGAUCUAAGUAAUAAAUCUUGCUUAGGAGCAAAGCACAAUGUAUGUUAAAAAUCAGGUUUAUGGUGUGAUGGUAGGGUGGGUAGCAAUGAAUGAGGCUGAUGAGCAGAAGGAGACAGGUAGCUUGUAACAAGUAGAGUUUUGGUAAAUCGUUGCCUAAUUGUUUUGUAAAUAAAUUACUAAAACGUGAAUGCUUUUGUAUUGAUGCUUUCUAUUGAAGCACUUUAGAUCUUUAUUUUUCAAUAAAGACCAUCUUUUUUCACUGUUGCACAAUGA